GAUUUGCCGACACGUGUCCGUGAACCAUUCCUCCUUCAAUAAAUCAUUUCAUUGAAGCUUAUAGAUCUGUUUUUUCUCUUCUUCUCUGGAACAAAGAGACCGAGUUUCCGAUCGAAAGAAACAGUAUUUUCCGGCCAAGGAAGAAACGAGAUGGAGGCUACGGGCGGGGAUCUUUCAGGUUCUAAUCAGCCUUUUCCGGCCGUCGACGUCCGGAAGGAGUUGAAUCCCGGCCAGAAUAAGAAGUUCGAGGUUGAUUCUGUGUCUUCCCAAGUGGCCGCCUCUAAGGAGAUUAAGGAACAAGCGGAAGCGGCGAAAGCUCAGAGGGAAAUGGAGAAGAAGGAUGCGCUUCAAACCCUAAAAUCUGCCAUAAUUGUUUCAGGGAUCGUGGUGGCUGUGGCUGGGGCAAUCUUCGCCAUUACCAAGAAAUUGAAAGAGAAAUGAAGCUUAAUUACGAUGGGAUCUUCUAAAAAAUCCCAGCCACUUUCCCCUCACAUUUUUCUUCUUUGUAUUUCGUUCGAUAUUGUUUACAGCUCUUGGUAUUAAUUAGCAUUUCCAUAUAUGCUCAUAUCUGUUUCUUCAUCCACAUUAGUUGUUUCUGUGGCUGGAUCAUCAAUGGAUGAACAUGAACCCAGUCCAACUAUCUUUGUUAAAUGUACUCACAGAAUUGAUAUUAAGAUCAUGAAAUUAUUAGCACUUCGUAGUUUUCUUUU